GACACCGUGGAAAUAUAUUUCGAUAUUGCCAUGAAACCGUGCACUACUGUGUAUUGUUCUGACAUUGUGUUUCAGCCAUUUUUGUGAUCGUUCUUCUAGUUAUUGCUCGUUCAUACCUACUUUUCUAAUUUUUCAAAUUUGUGUAAUUAUUCGUAACUUAUCUGUCUAACCAAUCUACAUUAUCAGAUUGUCCGGAUUUAUUUCCAAAGAGCCAGUGAACAAUUUCUCAACGCUUCACAAUGGAUGUCAGUUUAGAUGAAUUAAUCAAAAGCAAAAGGUCCGCGUCUCGUGGUGGACGUCGUGGCGGCGGAAGACAAGGCGGCACCCGUGGUGGUAGCAGUAGACGUGGUGGUGCCGGCGGAGGUUCAAACUUUCGAUCAAACGGAUCUGCUGCUGGUGGUGGUGGUGGUGGUGGCGGAGGAGGACCUAUGCGCAGAGGUAGAUCUGUUGGAAGACGUUCCAAUGGGUUUAGUCCCUAUUCGAAGGUGAGAUACAUGUGAGAGUUUUCCACCUUGGCAAAUACCGACAGCCAUUUUUAGAAAAAUUGUUCACUAUGAGUUAAAUAUUAUUGUAUUUCAUUAUAUGGGGGAAUAUGGCUUCAUCAAAAGAAAAGUUUUAUACACUCAAUCGAAAAAAAUAUGUAGGUAUAUCGUAUAAUUUAUAAUGUGAAAUAAAAUUUAUUUUCACCUCGACGAGCACGGUAUAUUAUCAUAGGUACCAUUACUGGGCUUAAGGCUGGGUUUCUUUGGUUAUAAAAGAAAAAAAAUAUCGAAAUUGACAAAUACAUAUUUCUAAAGGUGAAUAUUUUAUGGUUUUAAAUUAUUUAAUAUUCUUAAAUAUAUUGUUAAAUAUGCUAUCGGUUGUUAGUGGUAAUUUUGAAGUUAGACAUUUUGAGGGGACUCUGAUUAGUUUGACCUUGUGGUUAUUGAUUUCUCUCCAUGUCCCUGUGCCUGUGUUAUAUAUACUUUCCUAAAGUAAAAAUAUUAGUAACUGCCUACUAACAUAAAGUGCAUUUAUUUUCAUAAUAUACAAUUUAAUAAAAUAUUUAUUUUUUUUUUGUUAGGGUGAUGUAAAUGCGUCUUGGACUCAUGAUAUGUAUGAAGGACCCAAAAGACAACAAAUGAGGGGUGGUCUUUCAACUACCAACAUUCAUAAAAUUGUUAUAUCAAACUUGGACUUUGGAGUCACAUCUACAGAUAUACAGGUUUGAUUAAAAUUACAUGAAACUAAAUUAUUUUUCUGUACUAACAUUUGCAAUUAAUGCCUGUUUAGUUUUUGUACCUAUCUAACUUGGUAAUUUAUUUUACCGUUUUAUUAUCAUUUAACAUACUUUAACUUAAUGUUUUAUGUUUGGUGAAAGUUCAUUGAGUGAGUUAUCUAUUAUUUAUUUGUCUUAUAAAUUGUCAAUAAAAGAAUAUUACCUACAAUAGUGUAAUAUUAUAUAAAAGUAUAAUGAAAACAUUUAAUAACUUAAAACAGGUUUAAUAGAAUGAACAAAUAAAACAUUCCAAAAGCUUAAUAUUUAAGAAGUUAAUAAUAAAUGAACAUUGUUAGAAUUUGAACGAAAUUCUGAUAUUUCAAGAACUUUGGUGAAAUUAAUUUCAUUACAUUCAUAUUUUAUCUGUUUAUUUUACAAGUGUUUUUUAAUUUUAUUUAAUAUGCACACUGAUGAAAUAUACUAAUAAAUAUUUUAUCAAUGAUAUUAAGUUAGGGUAGAGUCCCCUCAUAGCCACUUAUAGCCAUUUCCUUCCUAUGACUAAUAAUUUUUAUUUUAUUCAUGAAUAGUAUAAUUUUGUAAUUUAAUAACCCAAUAGUUGAUUUGUAAUCAUCUACAUACAUUAAUUAAUUUACUGAGUGAUAUUAAUUAUUACAAAAUAAUAGAUAGUGUAGGAUGAUCAUAGAUCGAUUAAAUCCAAUAUUAAUUGAUACAAAUCGUUAAGAUGUCAUGAUCAUAAGGUGGCAAUUCCACUUUAAAUGGGUGCCUCCUAAAUAAAAUAAUUUUUUUUUCAAAUUCUAACCUAGUAUGUAUUUUUUAAUUGCAUUAAUAAUUAAGUUUUUUUUUUUGUCUAGUUAGACAGAGAUAAAACUACCAUUAAUAUUUUGUACUAUAAAAUAUUUAUUCACUAGGGUAAUCUAUUUUGGACAAACAUGGAAAAUUAAUAAUGGGGUAUAGUGCAAUCAUAAGUCAAACUAAUAAUUUUUGAUGAUGAAAUUUGUUAUAAUAUUAAUAAUUUAUUAUAUUUACCCUUUAGUUUUGAUAUGUCUACUUUUUAUUCUGUUUGUGAACAAGUUUCUACACUAGAAGACUUGGUCAAAUUAUCAAUUACAAUGUUAUUGGUAGUAAAGUUUGUCCGAUUGGUGAAUAUUUAAAAUUAUUUUUUAUUUUUUCAUAUUAGCAUUUAAUAUAUUUUUCAAUUUCAAUUAAUCAUAAAAUGAUUAACCAAGCUUAACUCAUUUUUUGUUUGAAGUUAUUUAUCAUUAAAUUUGCAAUUUAAACUAAAUCACUUUUAUUUCAUCCUUUCCUAAUGUUUUUAAAUAUUUUACCUUCCAACUUCCCACCUACAACAAUGGCCUACCUAUGAGCACGUUCAGUUGUUAACAGUUGAAAUAUAUUUUGUUUUAAAGAGGAAUUAAAUAUAAAAAAUAUAUUUAUACUAAUUUAAUAUCAACUUAAUUCAUAAAUUACAAAUAAAUUUAAAUCUAUUAUGUAUUUAAUAAUAUGAUAUGAUAUAUUAAACAUUUAAUGUAAAUAUAUAUUUUUUAGUUGCAAUAUUUCUAAUGCAAAUAUGCAUAAGUAAUAAUAAAAUAGAAAUGCCUGUGAAUAUUCUUGAGUAUUUUCUAUCACUUAAGAAAAUUAAAUAUUUCAAAAAAAUGGAGGGGGGGUUAGGGUAAUAUGAACAAUUCUCUUAAACAAUACAAAUCUAAAACGGUAAACUACACUUAUCUCUGGUUAGGUUCCAUUUUAUUAUUAAUGUUAAAUAAUAAAUUGGACAACAUUAUUUUUCCAGGCAUCUUCAGCCGAUGGCAGCUUGAAGAUACCUAGAUAGAAUGUUCACCACAUGUUAGAUCUACUAUUGGUUCAAUACUUGGGUUUCAUUUGUGUAAACAGCCGUCAAAGAACGACCCAUGGACAGUGUUUUCUCUUUAAAAUUUCUAUACCCGACUACUCAAGAUAAAUUAUUACAAAAGAAUUCCGUUUUAUGCUCAACUUAAAUGAAAAAAAAAAAAUUCUUUUUACUUAACUUUUAUCCCGGGAAAAGUACCUACUCAUACUACCUACUCAUUGACUACACAUGAUAUUUUGUAACUCAAUUCUGAGUUUGUGAGCUUGAUGUUUUUUAAACAGUUACAUUUAUCAUAGUGUCUUAAGUCGUUAUAUGGCAGUCACAAGUGCUUCAUUGAAUUAUCAACAAGCAUGGAUUUUUUUUAUCUAAGUAAUGCGCAUUAUGUUUUGAAAAGUACUGUUUACACAGGUACACCAAUUGUUGUUUAAGCAAUUCAUUUUUUUUGUUUUGGAAACAUCAAAUUUACAACAACUGGAAGUCAAAAAAACUACUACAUCAACUAUGCUAUCAACUAAUGUAUGAUUCUACUGCAAGACUCAAGAUAACAUUAAACAAGAAAAAAUCUACAUCUCUAAACCAAAUAAUUCUCAUCUUAAUUCAAAGAUUUCUCCAAAAUUAUAUCUACAUUUGGUGUACCUGUUGUUAAAACACAAUUGCAUUAGGUUAAUUAAAAAAAAAAAAAAAAAAAAAAUUAUUCCUUUGUAUUGAAUUAAUCAUUCAAUAAUAACAAGGUUAUUAUAUAUGUUACAUUGUAUGUUUAAUGAACAAAAUACUAAUUUCUGAGUAUUCAUAUUUGAAUAGUUGUGUUUUAUAAUGACAAAUUUAAAAGGUACUAUCGGGAAAUCAAUACUUCUUAUUGAAUGUAAACUAAUUUGGGUGAUUUUCUUGAUUAUAAAUAUCUUGACUAUUUGAAGGUGAUCUUGAAGGUUUUUGUUGUUGUUGUUAUUGGAUAUAUGCGCCUAUUCUCAGGCCCAAAUUUAAUUUUUUUAAUUAAUACUUUGUAUUCAAGAAUGCUGUCGAUACAUUGGAGAUAUUUUGAUAUAGUCUACAGAAGAUUGAAGUUCAACAAAUACAAUUAAAUAAUGUUAGCAUAUGCUUUCAUGUGAAAUGGUUCCACUGAAAGAAUCUUUGAUAAAGCAAAUCAUUAUAACUAACACAAAAAUAUAUACAUUUACUUAUUGUAAAAACAUUUUUAAGAUGAAGAAGAUUUUUUUAAUAAAAUUACUGCAACAGGAAAUUUAAGAUUAAUAUAUUUUCAGAAAACGUUUUCUAUUCAGUUAAAUAUUAUUUUUCUAUAGCUACAAAAGAAUGGCAUGUAAUAAAAUUCAUAUUAUUUGCAACAAUUUAAAUAAUGGAAAUAAUUAAAAAGCAAUUUUGUUUAAAUUUUACCACCUGAAGAGAUAUACUUUAUGUAUUUAUAAAUGUCCAUUGGAGAUACAAUUGAAUAUUCAAAUCUUAAGAAGACUGUUAUACAUAUUUUAACUACAAUUGAUGAAAUAUAUAACUCGUUGAUAUCAUGAAAGUUAAGAGAAUUCUUAGUCAAGAUUAUGAAAUGUCAAAAUAUGAUAUAAGAGAAAACUAAAUUACACAUAUUAAACCAAGAAGCUCUGAUUACAAUACACAUCAUCAUCUUCAUCAACAUCAUCAUCAUCAUCAACUUCUCCCAAUCAAUAGCAAUCUUCAGAAGCUACACGAGUCAUUGAUUAUUUUAAGGUUAUACAAUAACUUAUUGCUGCAGUCAUAUCUUCUCAGUAACUAGUGAUUUUAAAAAAGUAAUCCAAACUUAUGUUUAUUUCUUGAUAGUUUUAUGAUUUUUUGGACUUAUAUUCAAACAUAUGUCAUGUAAUUGAUUGUUUUGUUAUUGCAUGUUAUACGUGUUUAUAUUAUAUUUUUAUUAAAAUAUUAGAUUCUAUAAAUACUUUUUUUACAGGAAUUAUUUGAUGAAUUUGGGCCAUUAAAGACAGCUACUGUUCAUUAUGACAGAUCCGGCCGAUCAUUAGGAACGGCUGAUGUGGUGUUUGAUAGUAAAAAUGCUGCAUUAAAAGCAGUUCGGCAAUAUAAUAAUGUACCUCUUGAUGGUAUUUAUUUUUACAAAUAUUUUAGUUGUGUACGUUAUAAUUAUUAAAUUAAUUAAAUGAUUUUAGGUCGCCCUAUGAAAAUUGAACUUGCUACAGACUUGUCAACUGUUGCUAACCUUGCUACGCGUCUCAGUAGACCUGCAACACUGCCUGUUCGAGGUAUUCGUGGAGGUGGUGGUAUGUACUUGUAUUGCAAUGUUUUCUUUAUCAUUUAGUGUUAUUAAUGUAAUCUAAAAACUGCCUAAAUAGGAAUUCGGGGUAACCGAGGUAAUACCAGAGGCGUCCGCAGUAAUAACCGUGGUAUUUCCAGAGGAAGAGGUGGUAGAGGAGGUCGGAAUACUGAAAAAAAAAUGCCAAACAAAGAUGAAUUAGAUGCACAACUUGAUAGUUUCAUUAAAAGCAAAAAUAAUUAAUUAUAUGUAUAAAUGUAUGACUUAUUAAUUCUUAUAUUUAUAACAAUUAAAAACAAACUGUCUUAAUUAAUUAUAUUUCAGUAAAUUAAUAGGAGUGACUUAUAAAUUAUAUUCUUUACAGUUAUAACUAUAACCUUAUUACACUCAAUAACUAUUUCCCCAUUAUUUUGUAUAUUAUGUUUAAAAUCGAAAAAUAUACUUUUUUACUGUAAUAAAUUGGGUUGAUAAACCUAAGUAAUAAGAACAUUAAUGUGUUUGCAUUUAUAUUGAUCAUAUCAAACUCUUCUUUCUUUAAAAAUGAUGUCUACACUGGCUAAUGAUUUUAGGUUUUAACCUAUAUAUAUAAACAACAGUUAAGGUUUUGACUUGUAACAUCACUGAUUGAAUUAACAACUCUGUCAUGGUAUAGAAAAAAGCUUGAUUCUUUAGCAGCUGGAGACCCAUUAAAAGAAAAAACAAGGAAUAACGCGUAGGAUGUAAAACAUUUUUAGCUUUUUUCAAAUACUACAUAUUAUUUAGUGGCCAACUUCUGCGAAACUGACUUGGCAUAGAAUGUUUGCAUUUUUUAUAGUGCUAUAUUAUUAAAG